AUGAUGGUCAACUCUGCCAAUGAGGUGUCGGCUGCGACGGCCAACACUACACCAACAGAGAAGGAUGCAUUGAUGUCGCUGUACACAUCGACCAGAGGCGAUCUAUGGUAUAGGAGUGACAAUUGGACGAUUGGAGACCCCUGUCUAAACUCCUGGUAUGGCAUCACAUGUGACAAUGCCAGUCAUGUGACCAGUGUCUCACUGUCCGAGAACAACCUCAAUGGCACACUAUCAUCUUCCCAACUCUCUGGACUCAUCCACUGCCAACUCUUUGACAUUGGCACCAACAACAUCUCUGGCGACCUCACCACCCUCUUCAGCACCUGGUCUCAACUCAAUGAGUUACAUCUCCAAAACAAUCAGUUUGAGGGCGACAUAUCUUGGACGAACAGUCUACAGUCCAACAUUACAUUCUUGUGGAUUGCUGGCAACAGGUUCACUGGAGUGAUACAAAAGGAAUGGAGCAAGUUUAAAAAGUUGAACUUGUUAUUCAUUGAACUGAAUCAGUUGUCUGGAACAAUACCGGAUGAGAUUGGUGAGAUGGAGAGUCUAAACCUGUUGGACUUUGGAUUCAAUUCAAUCGAAGGCCCUGUGCCUGAAUCAAUCCAAUACUUGACCAAACUGACACAUCUGUGGGCCUAUGACAAUAACCUAAGUGGCAAUCUACCCUAUGCCAUAUCAAACAUGUCCAAUCUGAUCACAUUAGAGUUCACCAGGAAUAAGAUGUCUGGUGAGAUCCCAAUCGAUAUCUUUAACAAGUCCAACAAAAUACAAAGCAUCAGACUGAGUGGCAACCAAUUCAUAGGUCAACUACAUUGGAUAUGUAAUUUGACAGCAAUUGAGGAGUUGUUACUCAAUGACAACAAGUUCACAAUACUUCCAGACUGCAGCCAGGCCAUCCCCGAUACAUUAACAGACUUGGUACUCGAUGGUAACCAACUCUAUGGUACACUUCCAAACUCAUUGGGCAACUUACGUAAUCUAAGAUAUCUCAAUUUGAGAAAUAAUAGAUUGUUUGGAUCAAUACCAUCAUCAUUGGAGAAGUGUAUCAAUCUCUCACGGAUCGAUAUAUCCGAGAAUGAAUUCAAUUGUACUCUUACCGAACUAAUGGGUCCAAUCAGAUGGAUACCAUAUUUGAGUAUAUUGACAGCCAACAAUAAUAAUAUUAGUGGAGGAUUCAAUGAGGAUAUGUUCUGGGAUCAGGAUAAUGAGAGGGAGUUGUUGACAUCAUUGUUCAUCUUGGAUCUAUCCCAUAACAAACUUAAUGGACCAUUAUCAGACUACCUAUCUUGGAUGUUAUCACUCUCCCAGAUGGACCUUUCCAACAAUAACUUUGAGGGUGUCAUCCCAGAUGUACUAAACUAUCUCUCUGAGUUGUACUUUGACAACAAUAACUUGUCUAGCCCUGAUGGAAGACUUCCAGCAUUCAUGGUACCUUCAAAGAAUUAUGUAAAGAUGGAUCAGGAUAACUUUGUUUGUCCGACAAUCCUUGGAAAGGACUCAGAGAUGAUGAUCAAGUUGGACCCAAAGUACUUCAACUACUCAUUGUGCUCAUGUAUCACGGGUACAUUCGGUGUGAAUGGCACGUGCAAGGUGUGUCCAGAGAAUGCACAAUGUCCAGGCAAUGGCACCAGCAUCAUCAUCCCCUCUGGCUACUUCCCAUUGCCCACAGUCGAGCAACCAGACUACCUCCUUCAAUGUCCAAUCUCCAACUUUGGCACAACAUCCUGUAACCCAUCCAGCUCAUCCAACUUCACCUGCAAGCCAGGCUUCACCGAUAGACUAUGUAGUCGUUGUCAAGAUAGAUUCUUCCUUCGUGGCGCAGACUGUGUCAAGUGUCCUGAUGGCUCGCAAAGCAUUGCCGUGUUCAUUGCCGUGCUCAUUGUACUUAUACUCAUACUCAUAUUCUUCAUUCUAACUGAUCCAAAGGGAUCAUUACCAUCAGCCACCAGAAAGACCAUCGUCUUUUACUACCAGGCACUCAACUUGUUGCUAUCUAAGCUAUCACCAUGGCCAAGUUACUUUGCAGCAUACUAUACUUCGUCCAGCUUCAUCAACUUCUCGUUGGGAUUCUUGUGCAUUGGAGAGUUGACCAAAUGGCCAAACUUAUUCAUGGUGAUCAUUUGCCUGCCGCCAGUGGUCGUCGCGCUUUCCUGCGUGUUCCUGGUGAUCGUCAAGCUGGUGUACGUACUGCGCGCCCAGCCAUUCGACCGCAAGUGGAUCCGAUCGUGCCUGCGCGUCAACCUGGUCGUGCUCAACUUCCUCUAUCUGCCGCUGUGCAUCUACAUCCUUCAGAACUACUCGUGCACUUACGACCCGUUCACGCACGACAGCUACAUGUCCUUCUUCCCGUGGAUCCAAUGCUCGUACCGCGCCGGCGUCUACAGCCAGAUCUUCAAGGCAACGGUGGCCGCCACGGUCGUCUAUGUGAUCGGCAUCCCCGUGCUGUUCUGCUGGCUGCUGUUCCGCUACCGCAACCGCCUGGACGACCCCUUUGUGCUGUCGUUCGUCGGCUCACUCUACAUCGACUACCGCAAGAGCGUCUACUACUACGAGAUCAUCCUGCUGGUGCGCCGCUUCAUGAUGGCCGUGUCGCUGGCGCUGAUCGACCCCAAGUCGUCAUUCUCGGUGUUUGUUGUGCUGCUGGUGAUUGGCGGCUCGAUCAUCUCGCAGCUCACCUUCUCGCCGUUCAUCUUCAAGGUGAGCAACUACACCGAGCUGGCCGGCAGCAGCGUGCUACUGUUCAGCUACGUGUGUGUGAUGAUCCUGUCGUCACUGCGCACCACCAACCAAUACGACUCGAUCGGCAUCCAGGUCAUACUGGGCAUCGUGAUCAUCACCUACACAGUAUACCUUGGCAUCCUGUUCCUGUUCAGUCUCAAAUACUUCCUGCCGCGUUCCAUCCAAGAGCGCAUAGACAAGCACAUCGUACUUCUUCAACAAAAGUUUGCAUUGUGGAAGGUGCAAUAUGACAAGAGACAGAAGCAGCGUGAGGAGGAAGACGAGAUGUUCUACCAAUCCAUCGACAAUGCCAUACGUCGCCAGUCAUCAUUAGAGAGCAGUAUGGAGAUGAAACGAAGAAGUAUCAAACAUUCAUCCGAAGGUGGAAACAGUAACAACAAUAGUAACAACAGUCUUGGUAAUGGCAAUGGCGGUGGCGGUGACAAUUUGAAGAAGUCAUCGGAGAAAGAGAGUAGCAGUGGUGUAGUUGGAAGUACAACAACAACCAACAACAACAAUGCUAACAACAACAACAUCAACAACAAUCAAGAUACUGCAUCCAAUGAAUACAGAGAAUAA